ACAAUUAACCAGAUAGGAAUUUUAAGUUAUUACUCCUAUUUUCACACUAAUCAUUAUUUAUAAAUUGUAUUUGUGAGAUAAAUUCAUAUUUUCAAAACGAAAAGGCGGUAAAAUUGGUUUUCAAAAUAUAAAAUUAUAUAAAUUAUUUUUGUAUUGUAACUUAUAAAUCAUCGUAUUAUAAAUUAUAUAUCUUGUGAGUAAAUAUUAGUAUAGAAUUGUGCAAAUUACAGAAGCUAGCAAAAACUAUAAAUUAAAUUUAAUAAAUUAUUACAUAUUAAUACUUAUUAAAAAAAUAUUUAAUCAUUUUUGUUAUUUUACAAAAUUUUUGCAAUAUAAUUUUUUAAGAAAUAAUUUUUAACUUGUAAUUUUUCUAAUCUGAAUAUAUACUUAUAUAUAAAAGCAUAUAAAAAAUAUUUAAUACUAGAAAAAGAUGACAUAUAUUUCUUAAUUUAUUAAUUUUUAAUAUCAAGAUGGAAUUUAUCAUAUAAUGUAAAUAUAUUUAUUUUAAGAGAUUUAAAUUUCAUUAAUUGUUCAUAAUCAAUAAUUUCUAGUAAAAUUUUUAUUAUUACUAUUAGUGGCUUUCUUCUCAGAGAAAGUUUCAGAGAAUAUAUGAUAUAUCAUACUAUAUGUUAUUUUAUAAAUAGGAUUUUAUAUUUAUAAUUAUAUUUUAUAUUAUAAUGCAAUAAAAAAUUAUAAAAUUUUUAUUAAUAAUAGAAAAUAUAAGUAUACUUGUGAUAAGAUAUUGCAAGAUCAAUUUCAGAUAACAGUAAUUAAAAAAUUAUGGCAAAUAUAAUCAAUAAGAAUUAUGCAAAAUUAAAAGAAAUAAGUACUUAUUUUACUGAAGAAACAUUAAAAAAUAUAUUGCAUAUUAUACAUAAUGGAAAAACAGUAAAUAUAUUAAGUUGGGAUUUUUUUUCACCAAAUCUUAAAGGAGACAAUUAUUUGUCAAUUAUUAAUAAAGUUAAAGUAACUAGUGCUAUUGAAGGAAAGGAAGUAGAACUUAAUUUGGUGGUCAAAUCUUUACCAACAAAUAUAAGUAGAAGAAAUGCAUAUAGAAGUCCAGAAUUUUUUCGCAAUGAAAUUGCAUUUUAUACAAAGAUAGUUCCAAAAUUUGAAGAGUUUUUGAAAGAAAAAAAUCAACUUCAAUUAUUGUGUAUUCCACGCCAUUAUUCUUCUAUUAGUGAUGGUGACAAUGAUUACAUAGCAUUGGAAGAUAUUAGUGCUUCAGGAUACAAAACAGUAGAUCGACGAACCUGUUUUGAUAAAGAUCUGUGCAUGAUAAUUUUAAGAGCUUUAGCAAAAUUUCAUGCAAUUUCUUUUGCAUUAAAAGAUCAAAAAAAAGAGACAUUUAUGGAAAUUAUAGAGCAUGUAAAUGAAACAUAUUUUAGUUAUAAACAUUGGAAUUGGUAUAAAAAUUUUCAUAAACGACUGAUAGAUAUUAGUAAAAAUGCUUUGGCUAUGGAAUAUCCUGGUAGUCAAGCAGAACAAAAAUUCAAUUCUUAUAAACCCAAUGAUUUAUAUCAAAAAGGAAUUGAUUUAUGUAAUCGUAAAUAUCAUUCAACAUCUGUUAUUACUCAAGGUGAUUCGUGGAUUCCAAAUUAUAUGAUUAAUAAAACAACUCAAAGGAAAGUUGUAAUGCUUGAUUUUCAAUUAGCAAGAUGUACUAGUCCAGUUUUAGAUGUUUCACCUUUUAUUUAUGUUUGCACUGAAAGAUCUAUUUGGUAUGAAAAUUUCAAUAUAUUAUUAAAAUUUUAUUAUGAUGAAUUGGCUAAUGCCAUUCAUUUGCUUGGUUCAAAUCCUGAAAAAGUAUAUUCAUGGGAUACAUUUAUGAAUGAGGUAAAAAAAAAAUUUAUAUUUGGUAUAAUAUAUGCAAUGGAACUAAUCCCAAUGAGUCUAUUGGAUCCGUCAGAAGCAUUUGAAUUAGAUGUUACAAAUAAUAAUAUAAAUAAUGAAGAAGAUAUAGAUAUAGCUAAUAUAUGGACAUUGUCUAAUAUUAAAUCAAAAGAUGGAAGGCUCAGAUUAGCUUCUGUUAUUGUACAUGGUGUUCAAAACGGAUUUUUAUAAUUAUAAAAAAAUAAAUGCAUUUUAUACAUAACAUUUAUUAAAUGUAGCAUUAAAUAAAAUAGAGACAAUCUGUA